GUUUACCUUCCGCGCGCCGAGACGGCCGCCAUGUGCGCGGACGCGUGAGUGCACAGCCCGACCGACGCGCGCGCAGACAGGCCGAGCCCGCGGCGCCGCGCGGACAUGGUGCGCUGGCUGAGGGCGGCGCUCGUGCUGCUCGCCGGCCUCUGCGCCGGCGCCUGGCGCCCCCCACCGCAACCCUUGCUGUUCAACACCCUCCAGCGCACGAGGCGAGAAGCUGCCGACAGCACGAGACACCUCCAUCUGCUCGGCUGGCAUUUGGAGCUUCAGGAAAACACAGCUAUACGAUCUCCCUACUACAACGAGUGCCAGUUUUAUAAAGGACGAGUGCUGUACGAGGAAAAAUCAUCAGUGACAGUGACAGAAUGUGGCGAUCAGCUCUACGGGCUGCUACAAGUUGACGGAGAGGAGUUUGUACUGCAGCCGACAGGGAAAGAGAACAGCGAUGGUGCCCAUGUGCUCAGGAGAAGAGAUGUAUUACUCUCGGAGCAGCCGGCGGCGUAUAACCUCACAGGCGACACUGUGUCCGAUCUUGAACUUGACCUGUCUGAUGAGGAGACGUCGACGCCGAUGCCGCAAGUGCGUCUGCGGCACAAUCAUGACCGUGACGUCCAGGAAUACCGAAAUGUGAUAGUGUCCAGACCUGUGGAAGGCCCCCAGGAACUGUGGUUGGAAAUGGCCAUUGUGGCGGAUCACACGAUGAUGAAGUUUCACGGUCAAGAUGAAACACGAGUGAGGCACUAUAUUUUAGCGUUAAUGAAUAUUGUCAGUGCUAUCUUCAACGAUCCAUCGGUGAGCUCGAACAUGACGCUAGUAAUCAACCAGCUGUACUUGGAAAACGAUCCAGUAGUGAAAUAUGGGAAUGUGAAGAAGGCGCUGGAAGCUGUAAACAAAUGGAACUAUCGACAUUUAAUGAAGUUACCACCUGACCGCGCGGGCUGGGACGCAGCGGCUUGGCUGACCCGCGCUCCGCUGGGCGGGCCAUCGGGCUUCGCCCCCGUCUCCGGAGUUUGCUCGCGAGAGCGCUCCGCCGCCAUCAUCCGCGACGAGGGGCUAACGAGCGCCUUCGUCAUCGCACACGAGCUGGCUCAUCUAUUGGGCCUCACGCACGACGGCGAGAACCAGUGUGCAGCGGCGGCGCAGCGCGGCUCCGUCAUGGCUCCCACUGUCCUCGCCUCGCUCCACAACUUCUCCUGGUCCGCAUGCUCCAAGAAACAACUACACGACAAGGCCAAGAAAUGGUGGUGCCUCCACACUCGCAGCCAGGACGAUGGAGUGGAGCUGGGUGGUGCCAGGGAGCUGCCCAAAUACGCCUUCACUAUGGACGAGCAGUGCCGAACUGAAUUCGGUGACGGAUUUUCGGUGUGCAAAUCAGUGAAGGUGCGGUCGGCAUGUCGGCGGCUGUGGUGCGCACACCGUGUCCAGCCCAACGUGUGCCGCUCAAAACGCGGCGCGCCGCUCGACGGCACUCCUUGCGGACCCGGCCAGUGGUGCGUGGACCGAGUGUGUGAACCAAUGCCAGGACACGGGGUCAGAAGUGAGGACAGAGUUGAAGAGCUUCCUGAGCGACCACAUUGGGAGGAGUGGGGGGAGUGGAGCGCUUGCAACGCUGACUGUGGCUACGGGCUGCGAACCAGAUCACGGCGAUGCUGGUACAAAGGGUAUGAUUUUAGGGAGGUGUCAGACAGCGCGUGCGAGGGCGGCGCGUCGCAGGUGGCGACGUGCUGGGCAGGCAGCGCGUGCGCAGCUGUUCGUGAUGCGCGGUCAGACUGGUGCCGGCGCCGCCGCGGCUCACUCAUACCUCACAUACACCCGGACGAAUCCCAACAAUGCGAGAUGUGGUGUGUGGACUACACGGGAGGAGAACCCUCGAGCUAUGGUUCUCUGCCAGACGCCACGCCUUGCAGCUACGACCGACCCUACGAUCUCUGCUACCAGGGUGCUUGUGUAAAAGGGCAAUGCAACCCAUCGGACUCGUCCUGUAACUGGUGUCCUGACGGCUACUGCAGCAACAACACGCAUCUUUACCAUAGACAACUGGCCAAAGGCUGGACAAGGAUAACUAUGGUCCCGCACGAGGCGAAUCAUCUCUCCAUCCAUAUCGCUACACCGGUCCCUCUCUCGAUAGCCAUCCGUGAACGCAAGCGAGACAAACACAUUCUAGAGCUGCGCAAACAUUCGAAGCGGGUCGAGCUAGACCAUCAGCACAAUUACCUCAAAUAUGACCCGAAUGUGCCGCAAAAUCUUCAGAUAAUAGACCUGGAAAGCAACGUGAUAGAUAUAAAGGAGGAACGGUUCGGUUGGGAGGGACGGGUGGUUGCGGCCAGCAGUGUGUUGCGAUGGACGCAGACGGAUGCAGAUGUGCAUAUAUCGGCCCAGUCGCCGCUGCAGACUGAUCUCAUGAUUAUGGCAAUACCCGAGCAUGAACUGCAGUCCGAAGAGCCAGUGAUCGUGGAGGUGUCCGUCAACUACAGCUCACCCGCCGGCCACGGCAGGAGCCGACCAAUGGAAUACAGCAAGUGGCCAGUGCGCGGGCCGUGCAGCGCCUCGUGCGGCGGCGGGGUGCGCAUGGUGCGCCCGCGCUGCCUGCGCGGACAGCAGUGUGCCGCUGCGCGCUACGAAGCCUGCAAUAUCCACCGAUGCGAGUUCCAGUGGCGGGCGGACGAGUGGGAGCCCUGCAGCGCCACCUGCGGGGACUCCGGGCUGCAGGAGCGGCAGCUCUUUUGCGUGCCCGUUACUCUAAACUCCACACACCAAAGAGAUCUGAUCAGAACCAUGGUGUCGCCGGCGCUGUGCUCGGAGCCGAGACCGGAGCAGCAGCAGGCCUGCAACCGCUUGCCCUGCCCCGUGUACUGGCAGGAGAUGCCUUGGACGCCGUGUUCAACAACAUGCGGUCGCGGCGUAUCCCGGCGGCCGCUGGUGUGUCCCGCGGAACAGGAGUUCCUGUGCGGAGCGCGGCCGCGCGAGCGCCGCCGCCGCUGCCGCCUGCGCCGCUGCCCCGCCCCGCGCCCCGCGCCCUGCCCCGCAGACACCCUCAAGUACUGCGAGCUCUUCCCAGCAGAACAACUUCGCAGAAACUGCAUACUUCCCCAGUUCAGGAAGUAUUGCUGCAAUGCUUGCGCUACUGCCGACCGCGCUGUCCGGGAUGUUGGCUAAGAUAGCUUUAAUAAAUAGAUGCUUAGAUUUUGACUGCCUAUGAAUUUUACGAGGUACUGCAAAAAUAUUGACGCUGAUAAGUGUACAGUCAAUCAAAACUUUUUGCAGAAAGAGGACUUCAAAUUAAUAAUUAUACCUAAUAUUGAUGCAGCUAUAAUAAAGCGGAUUACGAACUAACACUAUCUGAACAAAUAGUUAAUAAGUAUUACAUUUUUGGAUUUGUUAACAGUUUCGAUAUUUUUGUCUAUCACCGUUUACAGACAACUGAACUCCAAAUUUAUAUGGGGUUAAUCUUCAGCAGGUGAGGUAAUAUUACGAGUAUGUGCCUAUUUUAUAUACUUUUAUACAUGUUUUAGACAGUAUUUGGUGCCAUAUACGUAUACCUAAUUUAAUCAGUAAAUAUUACUUUAACAUUUACCAAGGAGAAGAGAGUCAGUAAAACUAUUUUUUUUAAAUAAUUUUAUCAUAAUAUUUACCUAAUGCUUAACAUGAUAUGUACGUGUCGUUUAUAAUUUCGGAAAAUCAAGGUUACCCUUCAAUACAAUUUCUGAUAUUAUCGGAGAUUAUUAUUGAACUACCUGUUCUAAAAGUGAUUUAAACUAUACUUACUAUAGACCUUUACACGAAAAGAAAAAUGUGUUUCUAUGAAUGAAAUAAACUAUAAUAUUCUCAUAAUCUACCUUCAUAGCAAUCCAUAAACAGAGUAAUUAAUCAUUUCACUAUCUGUUUGAGAUCACAUGUACCUUCGUAAAUACCUAAUGUAUGUUGUAUUGUAUUGUGCUGUUUGUAUUGAUUUAAGCCACAAUUACGUGUGAAAUUUAUUUUAUACAUAUAAGCGUAACGAAGUGCCAUAGCUUCCAUAAUAAACGUGCUAUUUCUAAUAA